CGCGUGACGCGUUUUCAAAUCUUCAACCGCCGCAGCCCACUCGUUUGUGCUUUUUCCCUUUCCUCCUCCGCGCCUUGGAGCCGGACCCGUCCCCGGAAACUCGGCCUGCGGACCCGGCACCUUUGCUGCGUGGAAACCUCGGCGGACGAAAGGAAAGAGCGGGCCGUCCUGUCAACCGGGCCGGAGAAGCCUUGUUUUCGCGGCCGUCUGACGCCGCACCCGGGCCGGACCCAGCAUGUAGGUGCCGGGCGGCUGCCAUGAACUCCGGAGCCAUGAGGAUCCACAGCAAAGGACAUUUCCAGGGUGGAAUCCAAGUCAAAAAUGAAAAGAAUAGACCAUCUUUGAAAUCUCUGAAAACUGAUAACAGAACAGAAAAAUCCAAAUAUAAGCCACUUUGGGGAAAAGUGUUUUACCUUGACUUACCUUCUGUCACCAUAUCUGAAAAACUGCAAAAGGACAUAAAGGACCUGGGAGGGCGAGUUGAAGAAUUUCUCAGCAAAGAUAUCAGUUAUCUCAUUUCAAAUAAAAAGGAAGCAAAAUUUGCACAAACAUUGGGUCGAAUUUCUCCUGUACCAAGUCCAGAAUCUGCAUAUACUGCAGAAACCACUUCACCUCAUCCCAGCCAUGAUGGAAGUUCAUUUAAAUCUCCAGAUUCAGUAAGUCUCCAGGAUUUCAUUCCUUCAAAUAGUAUAUUAUCAAAUGCCUUAUCAUGGGGAGUAAAAAUUCUUCAUAUUGAUGACAUUAGAUACUACAUUGAACAAAAGAAAAAAGAGUUGUAUUUACUCAAGAAAUCAAGUACUUCCAUAAGAGAUGUGGGAAAAAGAGUUGGUAUUGGAACACAAAAAACAAGAACAGGAAGACUCAAAAAGCCUUUUGUAAAGGUAGAAGAUAUGAGCCAACUUUAUAGGCCAUUUUAUCUUCAGAUGACAAAUAUGCCUAUUAUAAACUACUCAAUUCAGAAGCCCUGCAGUCCAUAUGAUGUAGAUAAGCCAUCUAGUAUCCAAAAGCAAACUCAGGUUAAACUAAGGUUGACAGAGCCUGUCACAAUAAAAUACAGUGUUGGAUCCCUUUCUCCUGUUUCUGUAAAUGUCCUGAAAAAGUCUGAACCAAAAGAAAAGCUUGAAUUGCAACAUAUUUCUCAGACAGACUUCAGGGAAAAUUGUGCACAGGUGAUCAAGCAGAAUUUCCUAUAUGAAGAAACCCAGGAACCUGAACAAAAGCUUGAGUUUAUUUCAGAAUCCAUCCCUUGCCUGUCACAAGAAUUGAGAGGACUUAAUGAGAAAAUGAUGGAUGAAUGUUCCAUGUUAAGUGCAGCUGAGAAUGACAUACAGCAGAAUUUUGCACAGCUACCUCCACAUAAAAAUAAUCAGGAAUGUAUUCUUGACAUUUCUGAACAUAAAUUAAUUAUAAAUGAAAAGAACUUAGAAGAACUAAGGGUAGAUCACUGUCCAUUUAAGCUACAAGCAUCUAUAAAAGUUUCUCAUUUCAAUACAGAUAAUAGUGCAUCACAACCAAAACAAAAGUCAGAUACUGCACUUUUUCUAUCAAAAGACAUAAAGGAAAAGGACCUUCAUUCAGUGUUUGGUGAUGCUCCUGGUCUGAUAACAAUAAAUUCAAAGGAACACCUAACAAUAAAGACAAAAACAUCAACUAGUCCUCCUGAAGAACUCAAUGAAUGUGAUGUCAAGAAUAUGGAUAAUGUACCAUCUAGUAAAAUCCAUCGAAAAGUAAGAAUAUUAUUAGGACGAAAUAAAAAAGAAAAUCUGGAACCAAAUGCUGAAUUAGAUAAGAAAAGAACUGAAUUUCUUAUUACACAAGAAGAAAACAGAACUUAUAGUUCACCAGUACAAUCUCUAAUGGACUUAUUUCAGACAAGUGAAGAGAAAUCAGAGUUUUUAGGUUUCACUAGCUAUACUGAAAAUAGUGGUAUAUGCAAUGUUUUAGAUAUUUGGGAAGAGGAAGGUUCAAAUAGUGUGUUAACGUUUUUCUCUUCUUCAACUUCUACAUUUACUGGCUUUUAG